GCCCCAGGAAGGGGCAGGGCAGGAGCACGGGGCCCACCGCAGCCUCCCAGGGAGGCCUGCUGAGCCCGCCUGAUCCAGGCCGGCCCGCGAUGAGCCAGGGUCCCAGGGAGCAGACACUGGGUGACAGGCGCCGGCUCGGGGCCAUGUCGGGGAAACGAAGUCGCGCUCGAAAACCCCGAGGCAGGAGGAGGGCGGGCAAGGUGCAGCAGGCCUUGGGUCAGCCUGGCCCUGAGGCGCAGCCCCCGCCCCCCGCCGCAGGGGGCCCCCAGGACACGGUGGGGGUGGCCCCUGUGGAGCACGUGACCAGCAACAAGCCAGCUGCCCGGGGACACCCCAGGGUGGCCAAGCCAGAGUGGCCACGAGCAGCCCAGGGGCCAGCACAGGCCAGUGCUCUGGGGUCCGAGCUGGCAUUAGCCGCCCCUGCGGACAUGGAAGGCUGUGGGGCAGGGGGCCUCACCCCGGGCCUGGGGCCCGAGCUGCUGAGGCUCCACGAGGUCCAGCUGUGCCUGGCUCAGGAGCAACUGCUACUGGAGGACCAGCGGCGGCAGGUUCAGCUGCAGAUGCAGCUGUGGCAGGAGGAGCAGCUGUGGAGGGAGCAGCUGUGGCAGGAGGAGCAGCUGUGGCUGCAGCAGCUACAGGAGGAGCAGGCCUGGGUGCGCGUGGAGGGGCUGGAGCUGGCCAUGGCCCUGGAACAACUCCGGAGCGAGGGCCUUGAGGUGCUGCAGACCCAAGGCCAGGCCCCUGACCCCGACAUGGCCCGCCGCUCCCAGAGCUCCUCGCAGGGGGACAACCCACUGGCACCUGGGUACCUGCCACCUCACUACAAAGAGUACUACCGCCUGGCGGUAGAUGCCCUGGCCGAGGGAGGCCCAGAGGCCUACAGCCGCUUCCUGGCGUCCGAGGGGGCACCUGCCUUCCUGUGCCCCGAGGAGCUGGAGCACGUGAGCUGCCACUUGCGGCCCCCGCAGCAUGUUGCUCGUGAGCCCCCUGAUGGCAGCCCUCCCAACGUGGACAUGGAUGGCUCCUCAGGCACCUACUGGCCCAUGAACUCAGACCAGGCGGUGCCUGAGCUUGACCUAGGCUGGCCCCUGACCUUCGGCUUCCAGGGCACCGAAGUUACCACACUGGUGCAGCCACCACCGCCUGACAGCCCCAGCAUCAAGGAUGAGGCUCGGAGGAUGAUCCGCUCUGCUCAGCAGGUGGUGGCUGUGGUGAUGGACAUGUUCACCGACGUGGACCUGCUUGGUGAAGUGCUGGAGGCAGCUGCCCGCCGAGUCCCGGUCUACAUCCUCCUGGAUGAGAUGAACGCCCAGCACUUCCUGGACAUGGCCGACAAGUGCCGCGUCAACCUGCACCACGUGGAUUUCCUGCGCGUGCGCACUGUGGCAGGCCCCACGUACUACUGCCGGACGGGGAAGUCCUUCAAGGGCCACGUGAAGGAGAAGUUCCUGCUGGUGGACUGCGCAGUGGUGAUGAGCGGGAGCUACAGCUUCAUGUGGUCCUUCGAGAAGAUCCACCGGAGCCUGGCGCAUGUGUUCCAGGGCGAGCUGGUCUCCAGCUUCGAUGAGGAGUUCCGCAUCCUGUUCGCGCAGUCCGAGCCUCUGGUGCCCUCGGCAGGGGCGCUGGCCCGCAUGGACGCUUAUGCCCUGGCCCCGUACACGGGAGCGGGGCCCCUUAUGGGCACGCCGACCCCCUUCUCCUUCCCCAAACGGGCGCACCUCCUGUUCCCACCAUCUCGGGAGGAGGGCCUGGGCUUCCCCUCCUUCGUCGACCCCGACCGCCACUUCCUGUCGGCCUUCCGCCGGGAGGAGCCCAUGCGGAUGCCCGGCGGAGCCCUGGAGCUGCAUGCGGGGCUACGGCCUCUGGCUCGGCGGCUGGACGCCGAGGCGGGUGCGGGGGGUGAGCUCGCCGGCCCGCGGGCCUUCUUCCAGGCCCGGCACCUGGAGAUGGACGCCUUCAAGCGGCACAGCUUCGCGGCCGCCGACGGCUCGGGCGCCGUGGAGAACUUCGCGGCUGCACGGCAGGUGUCGCGGCAGACGUUCCUCAGCCACGGCGAUGACCUGCGCUUCCAGACCAGCCACUUCCAACGAGAUCAGCUGUACCAGCAGCACUACCAGUGGGAGCCGCAGCUUGUGCCCACGCGCCCGCAGGGCCUGUUUGAGAAGCUGCGCGCUGGCCGCCCGGGCUUCACGGAGCACGACGACUUGGCCCUGGGGCUCGGGCCGCGCUUCCCCGAGCUCGGCCCCGACGGACACCAGCGACUGGACUACGUGCCGUCCAGCGCCUCACGCGAGGUGCGCCACGGCUCGGACCCCGCCCCGGGCCCCACGCCCCGUGGCCUGGAGCCCAGUGGGGCCCUGCGCGCCAACCUGGGCCAGCGCUUCCCGUGCCAGGCAGCGGCGAGGCCCGGUCCCGAGGCGCCCGACGCGGAGCAGGAGCGCAGGGGCGGGCCUGAGGGGCGGGCGGGGAUGCGGCACUGGCGCCUCGCCUCCUACCUGAGCGGCUGCCAUGGCGAGGACGCGGGCGACGAGGGCCUGCCUGUGCCCAUGGACGCCGAGGCCUACGAGGACGACGUGCUGGGCUGUGCUGGCCGGCCGGGCCCCGGGGACCUGCUGCCCUCAGCCACCCGUAUGCCCGCGGCCUUCCCGGCCAAGGGCCUGGCGCCCUGCCCUGGCCGCGGGGACAGCCCUGAGCGCGAGGCGCUGGAGGAGGCAGGGCUGGCCAAGCAGGACUCCUUCCGCUCUCGCCUGAACCCGCUGAUCCAGCGUAGCUCACGCCUGCGCUCCUCCCUGAUCUUCAGCGCCUCGCAGGCCGAGGGCGCGGGUGGGGCUCCGGCCGCCGCCACCGAGAGGGCACAGCUGCUGCACAAGGAGCAGGCAGUCAGCGAGACGCUGGGGCCCGGGGGCGAGGCCACGCGCUCCGCCACUUCCACCAAGGUGGCCGAGCUCCUGGAGAAGUACAAGGGCCCCGCGCGAGAUGCGGGAGCGGCGGGGGCCCCGGUCACGGUCGCCAGCCACAGCAAGGCUGUUGUGUCCCAGGCAUGGCGGGAGGAGGUGGUGGCGCCAGGCGGGGGAAGCGAGCGCCGCAGCCUGGAGAGCUGCCUGCUGGACCUGCGCGACUCCUUCGCCCAGCGGCUGCACCAGGAGGCGGAGAGGCAGCCGGGGGCCGCCACGCUGACUGCCACGCAGCUGCUGGACACGCUGGGCCGCGGCGGCACCGACCGGCUGCCCUCCCGCUUCCUCUCCACCCAGGGCCGCCCCGGCUCCCCACCAGGGCGGGACAGCCCCCCACCAGAGGGGCCGCGCCAGGCACCUCACCCUGAGCCCAAGGGGAGCCCCGCCUCUGCCUACCCCGAACGGAAAGGGAGCCCCACCUCGGCCCUCCCCGAGCGCAGGGCAAGCCCGGUGCCCCCCGUGCCCGAGCGCCGGGCCAGCCCGGUGCCCCCCGUGCCCGAGCGCCGGGCCAGCCUCACCCUUUCCUUCGCCGAGGAGUCCGCCAAGACUGGCACCGCGGAGGAAUCAGCGGGCGGCCCCAUGGAGGUGCUGCGCAAGGGCUCCCUGCGCCUCCGCCAGCUGCUGAGCCCCAAGGGGGAGCGGCGCGCAGAGGAAGACGGCAGCUUCCCGGCGCCGCAGGAGAACGGGCAGCCCGAGAGCCCCCCGCGGCCGUCGCUGGGCCGGGCUGACAGCACCGAGGCUGCCGCCGCUGCAGACGAGCGGGGCCUGCGGGCGCGCACGGCCUCCGCCACAGCCAACGCCUUGUACAGCAGCAACCUGCGGGAUGACACGAAAGCCAUUCUGGAGCAGAUCAGCGCCCACGGCCAGAAACACCGCGCGGUCCCGGCCCCCGCCCCGGGCCUGGCUCACAGCAGCCCUGAACUGGGCCGAUCGCCCACCACUGGCGGCCUGGCCCCUGACAUGUCCGACAAGGACAAAUGCUCUGCCAUCUUCCGCUCGGACAGCCUGGGGACGCAGGGGAGGCUGAGCCGCACCCUGCCUGCCAGCGCUGAGGACCGCGACAGGCUGCUCCGCCGCAUGGAAAGUAUGCGCAAGGAGAAGCGCGUCUACAGCCGCUUCGAGGUCUUCUGCAAAAAGGAAGAGGCCGGAGGCCCGGGGGCAGGGGAGGGCCCAGCAGAGGACGACACCAGGGACAGCAAGGUGGGCAAGUUCAUGCCCAAGAUCCUGGGCACCUUCAAAAGCAAGAAGUGAGCCUCCUGGCCCCACAGCCCCGGCCCGUUGAGCGCAGCCAGCUCGGCUCCACCUGGGGCUCAGCCAGGGGCUGGCCUGCCCUUUGCCCCGGCCUCUCCCCGCGGGGGCCCCAGCCCCUCACUGCCCCGUGCCGUACCCCUCCAGCUCCAUCCCCAUCCCUCCCUGUGCCUUGAGCUUCCCCCUCCUGCACCUCUGCCUCCCUAUCGCUUCAGGCUUCAGGUCCCCUUUAGCCCUUCACUCACCUCAGGGCCCAUCUUUGUGCCUUAGGUCCCGUCUGUGGGGCCCCAUGUCUCAGGGCUUCCGUAUCUCAGGGCUUUCCUCCGCUCACUGCCUCCUGCCUCACCGCUGCCUCUCUCCCGUGUCCUGGCAGCCCCAGCCUCCCUCCCUGGGCCUCCGCCUCUGCCUCCCGGCCCAGGUCUCCCCCUCCACCUCAGGUGCUCAGGCUCCCUUCUUGCCCCGCUGGCAUCCCUCCUCUCUGCCUCCGGCACCCCUCUGAGCGGCCCAGCCUGUCACUGUGGGGAGGUAGAGCUGCUCGCAGGCCAUCCGGGAUGGAGUUGGGGUCAGACCCAAAGGUUGUUCGUCUCAGGAAACGCUGUCCCCUGGGCUCCUGGCAGAGGGGUGGGGGGCCCCCUGAGACACUGCCCUGCCAGGAGAACUGAGGCAGACAGACCUGGCUGCUUCCUGCAGGGCGCCAGCAAGCGGUGAGCUGCCAGGUUUUGCAGCACAAUAAAACCGGGUCUGGAUGGAUGCUGGGCCCUAGCCACGCUGGGGAAGGGCUGGACCGGACCCCUAGUACUUGAACAGGUGAGGGUGGGGUCGGGCGUGGUGGUGCCUGGGCCCCCUCCCACCUCGCUUCAGUGCCCAGCAGGCCCUGACUCCACCCUCUUCUGGAUCCUUCCUUCCCUCUUUGUCACCAACCUGUGAGAUCUAAUCCCCCCCCCCCUCCACCUACCUUUCCUGUAUCUCUGUCACCUCUGGAGAGUGACUUUGAUUUGGAAUAACACAGUUUGACACCAAAUGCUUAGGAAGGCCCCCAUUCUAAGUGCUAGCAUUAUGAAAUUAGUAUUUCUGCCAGUUUUGGGUUGUUUUUUUUAAAGUAUAAAAUUGCAGUCACUCAGGCUGGGAAGGGAAACAAGGCAAAGGCAGCAGUUCUGACGACAGCCGGAGAAGGGAGUCAGGGAGGCUCGGGGAUACUUUGAUUCAGGUGGAAGGGCCACCGAGGAGCCAGAUGUGCUGGAAUGUUCCUUGGCCUCAAUGUGCUUGCUGACCACUUUGCUUUUGUGUGGCUUGGUGCGGCCCCGUUGCCCUGGAGGGCCCUUGCAGCCUGUCGGCACCCUCCACGUUGUGCUGAGUAACACAUCUCAAAUGUGACCUCUGCACAUUCUGGUGUUAACAAUAAAACACAACAAGAUAUUCCGACA